GUACGGGUGCCGGCACGGCGGGGUACGGGAGCCGCCGGGGGUCAUGGCGCGGCGCCGGCGGCUGCUGCUGCUGCUGGCGCUGGGCGCGCUGCUCCGCGCCGCCGCCGCCUUCAACCUCGACACCGCCUUCCCCGUGCUCAAGGAGGGCGCGACCCGCCGCGGCUUCUUCGGCUUCUCCGUGGCGCUGCACCGCCAGACGGAGCGGCGGGAGCGGUACCUGCUGCUGGUCGGGGCACCCCAAGAUGUGGACGUGGAGAACAGCACACGGACGGGUGCCGUCUACUCUUGCCCCCUCACCGCCUCCAAAAGCGACUGCCAGAGGCUUGAUAUUGAGUUGAAGAGUGAGCCAGACAAAUACAUCAUCGAGGACAUGUGGCUGGGAGUGACGGUGGCCAGCCAGCGGCAGCCAGCUGGGAGGGUGCUGGCCUGUGCUCACCGCUACACGAAGGUGCUGUGGUCGGGCAGCGAGGACCAGCGGCGCAUGGUGGGCAAGUGCUACGUGCGGGGCAACGACCUGCGCCUCAACAUCAGCGAUGAGUGGCAAACCUACCACAACGAGAUGUGCAACUCCAACACGGAUGCUGAGGAGACGGGCAUGUGCCAGAUGGGCACCAGCGCAGGCUUCACUGCCAACAUCAUCUACUUUGGGGCACCUGGCGCCUACAACUGGCAAGGUACCAACUACAUGCUGCAGCGGGAGAUGUGGGACCUGCACGACUUCUCCUAUCCCAACGAGCAGAACGGCAACACCUACAUAGGGUACACAACGGAGAUGGGCAGCGCUGUGCUGCAGCAGGACGCGGUGACGGUGGUGUCGGGCGCUCCCCGGUACCAGCACACGGGCGCCGUGUACCUGCUGAGCCACAGCCCCCAGUACACCCUGGAGAAGAGCUUGCUGCUCCGCGGCCACCAAGUUGGCUCCUACUUCGGCAGCGCCGUGGCCCUGGCAGACCUCAACAACGAUGGGUGGCAGGACCUGGUGGUGGGAGCCCCCUACUACUUCAAGCGGAAGCAGGAGGUGGGGGGUGCCGUGUACGUGUACAUGAACGAGGUGGGGGGCUUCCGGCCUGAGCCCAGCUUGGUGCUCACCGGCCCCAGCUACUCCGCCUUUGGCUUCGCCGUGGCCAGCAUUGGGGACAUCAACCAGGACGGCUUCCAGGAUAUUGCUGUGGGGGCUCCUUUCGAGGGACCUGGCAAGGUCUACAUCUACCAUAGCAGUGCAGAAGGAUUGCUGGACAAACCGCGGCAGGUGAUCAGCGGCUCAGAUCUGGGUCCCGCCAGCAUGCGAACCUUUGGGUACUCGCUUAGUGGGGGGUUGGAUGUGGACAGUAACUCCUACCCCGACCUCCUGGUGGGCAGCUUGGCAGAGAGGAUUGCCCUGCUCAGAGCUCGUCCUGUGAUCAACAUCCUGAACAAGACAUUGACGGUGAACCCCAGCAAGGUGGACCCUGCCCGGUGCACCCCUGACUCCUGUAUCAAGGUGACCGUCUGCUUCUCCUACAACCAGAGCGCCGGUGACCCAAAGUACAAGGAGAGGAUCAACCUGGAGUACACGUUGGAGGCUGACAAGGACCGUCACCCACCCAGGGUGAAGUUUUUGGGGACACAUUCUGCCACCUACCGUGGCAUCUUCCGUAUGCCUGACACCCGCUGUGAAACCAAGGAGCUCCUGCUGGUGGAGAACAUCCGGGACAAGCUACACCCCAUCAUGCUCUCCAUGAACUACUCGCUGGUGGAGAGGCCUAGGACCUUCCAGCUGGGCCUCCACUCCCUCAAUGCCUUCCCCGUCCUCAACGAGGACCAGUCCCACGAGAAUGAGACUAAGAUUGAGUUCCAGAAGGAGUGUGGAAUGGACAACAAGUGCUACAGCAACCUCCAACUUCAGAGCAGCUUCGUAACUGACCAGAACCAGCCCCUGCCUAGGCUGAACGGGACCCAAGUGCUGCAGUACAGCCGGGACAUGCGGAAGCUGUACCUGAGUGUGAACAUCACCAACACGCCCACCACGGCCUUCAACGGUGAAGAUGCCCAUGAGGCCCUGCUCAACAUCACAGUGCCUGCAACCCUGCUGCCCUCCUCUGUCCGCCCGAGUGGGGCCUGUACCUUUGCGGAGACAGUGCUGUGCGAGCUGGGCAACCCCUUCAAGAGGAACCAGAGGGCAGAGCUGAUCAUCACCUUUGAGGCCAUUGGGAUCACACUGGACACACGAGAGGUCUUAGUGUGGCUGGACUUAUCCACGCAAAGCACCCAGGAGGACCUGCAGCCCGUGCUGGCCAAGCUGCUGGUGGAUUAUAGCAUCCAGUCGUCGCUGACAGUAGCCUCCUCCCACAUCCAGUCACACUUCAGUGGGACGGUGGUGGGCGAGUCGGCCAUGCAGAAAGAGCAGGACGUGGGCAGCGCCCUCGCCUUCGACUUCCAGGUGACCACCAAGGGGGAGUCACUGGGUGCCCUGGGCACCAUCCUGCUUGGAUUCGAGUGGCCCUACGAGAUCCCCAAUGGCAAGUGGCUCCUGUACCCCACAGAGAUCCUCGUCAACAGCAAUGAGACCUGCCAGCCCCCUGGGGGAGUCAUUAACCCCCUCAACCUCACUCUCCUGGAAGACAAAGUCCCACUCCGGCAGAGACGUGAACUGGGGGAAUCACAGCCGGCAGAGCCCCCCAUCACCCUGGCCACUGCCAAGAAGGCCAAAUCGGAGGUGGUGCUGAGCUGCUCCAAGGGCACAGCCCACUGCAUCUGGUUCGAGUGCCCGGUCCACGACACUCAGCACCCCACCACCUUCAGCAUCCGCGCCCGCGUGUGGAACAGCACCUUCAUCGAGGAGUACAGUGAUUUUGACCGGGUGAAGGUGGAUGGCACAGCGACACUGUUCCUCCGGACCCACGUCCCCACCAUCAACAUGAGGAACCACACGGUGCGGUUCUCUGUGGAUGUCGACUCAGAGCUGACGGAGGAGCAGCCAGCUGAGAUUGCGCUGUGGUUGGUGCUGGUGUCUGUGGCAGCCGGGCUGCUGCUGCUGGGGCUGAUCAUCGUCCUGCUGUGGAAGUGCGACUUCUUCCAGCGGACUCGCUACUACCGGAUCAUGCCCAAGUACCACGCAGUGAGGAUUCGGCAGGAGCAGCGCUACCAGCCCGGCGGCCUCCUGCCCCGCUGGCGCAAGAAGCACUGGGUAACAAGCUGGCAGGAGCCAGAGAAGUACUACUGACCCCCUCGCCCUCACCCCGCCAGCGGGGCCGGGGGCCGCGCACGCCCCCGCCAAGCCGUCGUGCAAGGGGAGCACGAGGACUGGUUUUACUUUGCACAAGGGGAUCUUUUCCUGCCCGUAUGCACCUCCCCGUUGCCUGAGGACAUGGCCGUGUCCCCCGCGCUCGCUCGCGUGCCCUCCCGUGCGCUUCCCCGUGCCCUCUUGUGCGUGACCCGCCUCUUGCACGCUCGCGCUACCGACUGGAGGGCUGCUGCGGCGCGAGGCUGAGCCUGACGCGUCCCCCUUCUCCUUCCUCGACACGAUCGCUGCUGGUCUCACUAGUGCCUUCCCCUCGCACGCUGCUGGGGCUGCCCGCGCGCAGACACUCCUCCCUGCCGGGCGUCCGUGACACGUCCUUGCACGCCGGGACACGCUUGCAAACCCCACGUACCCCCGAGCCUCUCUGGGGGCGAGGUGAAUGACCCCCUGUGUGUCCCCCUUCCCUCCACGCUGACCGCGCAACGCUGCUCGGCUUGCGCUGGGGCCGCGUGUUACACGGGGACAGGGUGCAGUGGGAGGGCAGAGCCUUCCUCCCCUGCCUCCUCCUCCCCAGUGCAGCACGGGAGCCUGAUCCGGCACAUUCCUUUCCCCACUCCCCGGCCAGCGUCGAGGCCGGCACGGCACAGCCUUGGCACGGGGGGUGCAGAGGACCAGGAGGGGAAACCCCCUCCAUGCAGCCUUCGCCCCUGCAGCGACUCUGGGGCUGGGGGAUGCUGCCCUGGGGGCGUCUGUCCUGCCCCGGGGCUCUGCCCUGCCCUGCAGAUGCCGACGCUGCCCUGGGGGUUAAGUUAUUCCACGUCUCUCAUGUGCGUUUCGGUGUGGAGCUCCGGAGCGCGGUUGGUACUAGGGCCCGGGGGCGGCGCGUCCCCCUGGCCGGGCGCGCGCCCUGCCGCUGGUGCCCAAUAAAGCCCCACUCCGGGAUUUGUAA